CCCCCUUGGAUUUUUAUGUUUUCCCUCUCCCCUCCAGUCGUGUUCUCUCUUUUUCCCUCCUUCCUUCAAGGCGCAAUCCAAAGCAAGGGUUUCCCUCUCUCUAUCUGCAACUCUUGUCAAUCAUCCAUGGCCGACAGCACCGGCUCCGAUCCCCGACACCACCUCUCCGUCACGCCUCCCCAGCAGAUCUCCAAAGCUCCCCGUUUGGUUCAUGGAAGAAGGACUGAAAUAACUAGGGAGCCCAAUUCAUACUUGAGGGUGAAAAAGCUCUCCAAGAAAGCCGUUUUACCUUCCAGAGGCUCCCCUCUCUCUGCGGGCUACGAUCUCUCUAGUGCAACGGAGGUCAAGGUGCCUGCAAGAGGAAAAGCCCUGGUUCCAACCGAUCUGAGCAUUGCAAUUCCUGAAGGAACCUAUGCUCGCGUAGCACCGAGAUCGGGCUUGGCGUGGAAGCAUUCGAUUGAUGUGGGUGCCGGCGUGAUCGAUGCUGACUACAGAGGUCCAGUUGGAGUCAUACUGUUUAACCAUUCUGACAUUGAUUUCGAGGUGAAAGCUGGCGAUAGGAUCGCGCAGUUGAUAAUUGAGAAGAUAAACCCCGAAGUCACAGAGGUUGAGGAUUUGGAUGCAACUGCAAGAGGCGAUGGUGGGUUCGGGUCUACAGGCGUAUGAGCCUCUGGCUUUGCUGCAUUUACCCUGUUUUAAUUCUUUGUUGCACGGGUAAAAUUGGAUGAUAUUUGGUCUUUGACUAAUUUUGUCGAACAGGUAGUGAGCUAGUGUUCUGGUAUUGCUCUUUUUAGUAUCUGCAAAGAAAUUAUAUAUGUAUUUGUGUGUAUGUAUACACGCGUGAACAAAUGGGCUUAUUAUGUCUUCAAACCA